AUGUUCGACGCCGCGACGGUAGGCGAAGACCUCGUAAAGCAGGGCCGUGCCGCAGCCAAGAAGUUUGUCCAGAAAUGCCUUUACGAGGUGUCGCCGGAAUGGUAUGUAACGUAUGUGCAGGACGCUCAUCGUGAUGACGGACGUCGGAGACUGGGAGCUCUCGAUCAGUUCGCAUCUGUUGAUGAUCUCACUCUUAUCCUCCGCGUGGCCUCACGUUCCUUCCGCAGCUCUCUUUUGGAGAACGUAUCAGCCCCAGCUAAAAUUUUCGGAGGCAUCAAUGGGCAGCUCCUAGACCUACUGAGCCUAUUCCGUACCUUCCUCCCCCCGGAUUCCAUCACCGGGGACAUCCUCUACACCAACUAUGUUUUCUUAGGAGAUUACAUUGGCCCAGGUUGGUGCAAUCUAGACACCCUCGCUCUCGUCUUGAGUCUCAAGAUACUCUACCCUAGUGCGAUCACGUUACUGAGGGGGAAGCAUGAGGCUGAGCCUUCCAAUCUCCACUUCCUUGCCGAAUGCGAGGAACGUCUGGGCGACGAGGGCAGGAGAAUAUGGAAAUUGGCCAACCGUAGGAUAGUAAUGUUUCGAGUGUUUACCCUUGGCGGUGCUCAUAGAAGGACGCGUCCUGUGCGUCCAUGGCUCCGUGCCGUCGUCCUUGACAGUGUUAGAGCCACUGAAGAAGCUGAAGCGCCCAUUGAGGGCACCGCCUUCCACAGGGCAGCCUUCGGAGAGGAUCUCAAGCAGGAUAGUCUCAGAAAUGUAGACACAACAAUCGCUGCAUCCUUCGUACUGAACUCUUGCUAG